CUAGGGGACAAAAGGACAGUAGCUGUGGAGCCCUGGCAUUCUGCCCACAGCCCCAAGGCCCAGUAAGGGAAAUGGAACAACUGGGGACUGCCUGGCUCUUGCUGUUGCUGCUACUGCUGCCACCCGCGACAAAAGGUGAAGAAGGUCACUGGAUAAGUUCAGGCUGUGGUCAGCAAAUCCUGACAAACCAGGUGAAUGAGCGCAUCGUUGGAGGCAAAAAUGCCCAUGCAGGGGCUUGGCCGUGGCAGGCCAGUCUAAGGCAGAACAAGAACCACAUCUGCGGGGCCACUCUCAUUUCCCAUAGCUGGGCUCUGACAGCUGCCCAUUGCUUUCACCAGCCUUUCCAGGUGUCCCAGUUCCAGGUAGUCCUCGGGGAACUCCAGCUCUUUUCCACUCCAGGCCAAUCCAUCUCAAGUCCACUGAGCCAGGUGAUCCUGCACCCAGACUACUCCGGGGUAGAUGGUUCGACGGGGGACAUUGCCCUCUUGAAGCUGGCCCAGCCUCUCAAAUUCUCCACCUGGAUUCUGCCAGCCUGUCUCCCUGAGGCCUCCAACCCCUUUCAUACUAAUUCAACCUGCUCUGUGACAGGAUGGGGACACGUGAAGGAGGGAGUCCAGCUGCCCAAACCAUACCCCCUGCAGGAAGCAAAGCUGCCACUGAUCGAAGCUGCGGAGUGUAACAAGAUCUUGAACAGUGAUCGGCAUGAGGUCACCAAUAAAAUGAUUUGUGCUGGCUAUAUGAAUGGGGGUGUGGACUCCUGUCAGGGACUGGAUCCAGAGGCACACAUCAGAGGUGCAGUGGGGCAACUACAGCAUCAAAGUCUGGAAUGCUGCUGUCACACAGACUCACGGUCCCCAUCUCAUCAGCCUCCUUCUGGUCCUGUGGGGACUUGCCAACAGUUACUGAAUUCCUCAACAGCUGCUGCUUCCCUUCUAUUUAACCCUGUUCGACCUCCCCACCACCCACAUGCCCAGAUGCAUCCAAAUCUCUCCUUUUCCAAAUCCAUCUCUAGUACCUUCCAUUUCUAAAAGGACUUCAAUACACUCAGCCUUGUCAGCAGAUGCUCCCACCCCAAAGACUGACUAUAAUUCCUCUCCCCCCUCCCAAUCUCCCCUACCUGGGUUGGCACAGAGAUAGCACUUCAGUAUCUAACUCGACCUUCUCUUUAAUAAAGAUGCCAGAAGAAA